AAACUCUGGAAGAGCUUCCAGAAAGAAGUGGGAGGACAUCCCGACGUUUCUUCUUUAACUUGACAUCUAUCCCGAGUGGGGAGUUUAUCACUUCGGCUGAGCUUCAGGUUUUUCGGCAACACCUCGAAGGUGCCUCCGAAACCAACAGCAGCUCUUACCAUCGUAUUAAUAUUUAUGAAAUAAUCAAGCUGGAGAGUGAAGGUUCCCAGGACCCGGUCACGAGACUUCUGGACACUCGCUUGGUGCACCACAAUGCCAGCAGAUGGGAAACUUUUGAUGUCACGCCCGCUAUCAUGAGGUGGAUUGCACAUGGACAGCCGAAUCAUGGGUUUGUGGUCGAAGUGGUCCAUUUGGACAAUGAGAGCAGCAGCGUCUCCAAGAGACACGUCAGGAUCAGCCGGUCUUUGCACCAGGACAAUGCGAGCUGGUCUCUGGUUAGGCCGCUACUAGUAACCUUUGGGCAUGACGGGAAGGGGCAGCCUCUCCAUAAGCGAGAGAAGCGCCAGGUGAAACACAAACAACGCAAACGCCAUAAAUCCAAUUGUAAAAGGCAUCCGCUGUAUGUGGACUUCAACGAUGUCGGGUGGAAUGACUGGAUAGUUGCCCCACCGGGUUAUAGUGCCUUCUACUGCCACGGAGAGUGCCCCUUUCCUCUGGCAGAUCAUCUGAACUCCACCAACCAU